CCCUCGCUCUCCCUGCAGCUCAUGAGCCUCGGGACACAUAGGCGAACAAAAGGUAAAGAAAGACGAAGAUUCUUCGAAAAAAGAAUCUCCAAACCCUGUUGCGUGCGUGUGUGUGUGAGCGGGGACGUAUCACCCAGGCGCGGGUCCGUUUCCAGCUGAGAGAUUCAGACAGUGACGGAGCAAGCCGAUGGGACGGGCGCCCAGGUGGUGAUAGGACAGGCUGUGGGCGAGCAUACGUGGUAGUGGAAUGAACAGCUGCGUUGACCUGGUGUGCUGGGCUCUGCUUGGCCUUCUCUCCCUCUCCACCGCACGGCCUGCUCUGACACUUCCAGAGCAAGGUCCUGCAGUGUCGCUGAAGCAGAGGUCGGAGGUGGAGCUGUACUCCACACACCCGGGAGACUCGCUGCAGCUGCGCUGUCGACUGCGUGAGGACAUCCAGAGCAUCGCGUGGACCAAGGAUGGGGUGCAGCUGCCCGCCAACAACCGCACCCGCAUCACCGCCGAAUACCUGCAGAUCACCGACUCGGUGCGCCAGGACUCUGGCCGUUACACCUGUGUGGCCAGCGGCCCGUCCGGCAGCGAGACCUCCCACUUUGCUGUCAACGUCUCCGACGCCGUCUACUCCGUGGAAGAGGAUGACGAGGAUGAGGAUGAGGAUGAUGACGAGGAUGAGGAUGAGGAUGAUGACGAGGGGAUCAAGUCGGAUGAGAAGAGCAACAAGGAAGCACAGCGAUCCCCUCACCGGCCCAUCCUCCAGGCGGGCCUGCCUGCCAACAAGAUGGUGACGGUGGGCAGCGAUGUGGAGUUUGUGUGCAAGGUCUACAGCGACCCCCAGCCCCACAUCCAGUGGCUCAAGCACGUCAUGGUCAAUGGCAGCAGGAUGGGGCCCGAUGGCUCUCCCUACCUCCAAGUGCUGAAGGCGACUAGUGUUGACACAACAGAUCAAGAAAUGGAGGCUCUCUAUUUACGGAAUGUUACUUUUGAGGAUGCGGGGCAGUAUACAUGCUUGGCGGGUAAUUCUAUUGGGAUAUCCCAUCACUCUGCAUGGUUGACAGUUCUUCAAGAGCGAUCCCCUCACCGGCCCAUCCUCCAGGCGGGCCUGCCUGCCAACAAGAUGGUGACGGUGGGCAGCGAUGUGGAGUUUGUGUGCAAGGUCUACAGCGACCCCCAGCCCCACAUCCAGUGGCUCAAGCACGUCAUGGUCAAUGGCAGCAGGAUGGGGCCCGAUGGCUCUCCCUACCUCCAAGUGCUGAAGGCGACUAGUGUUGACACAACAGAUCAAGAAAUGGAGGCUCUCUAUUUACGGAAUGUUACUUUUGAGGAUGCGGGGCAGUAUACAUGCUUGGCGGGUAAUUCUAUUGGGAUAUCCCAUCACUCUGCAUGGUUGACAGUUCUUCAAGAGCGAUCCCCUCACCGGCCCAUCCUCCAGGCGGGCCUGCCUGCCAACAAGACGGUGACGGUGGGCAGCGAUGUGGAGUUUGUGUGCAAGGUCUACAGCGACCCCCAGCCCCACAUCCAGUGGCUCAAGCACGUCAUGGUCAACGACAACAUGAUGAGGCCCGAUGGCUCUCCCUACCUCCAAGUGCUGAAGGCGACUAGUGUUGACACAACAGAUCAAGAAAUGGAGGCUCUCUAUUUACGGAAUGUUACUUUUGAGGAUGCGGGGCAGUAUACAUGCUUGGCGGGUAAUUCUAUUGGGAUAUCCCAUCACUCUGCAUGGUUGACAGUUCUUCAAGGAGACACACGUGAAACUCCAAGCUCAGACCAGGCUGAAGGCAAAUUGGAUCGGUCAAACAUAUCAUUCCUCCGAUCUCUCUAAAUCUAGGGGUACCGCAAUUAUAAUUCGUAAAGGCAUACCAUUUAAACAUAAGAAUACCAUCGCAGAUAAAGAGGGGAGGUAUGUCAUAAUUACUGGAGAGAUAUAUUCCAUUCCACUCACCAUGGUAAAUAUUUAUGCUCCUAAUUUGGAUAAUCCGCAAUUCGUUAAUAAAAUCCUGAAUAUAAGCUCUGAGUACAAUUACUAAACGUGAUAAUUGGGGGAGAUUUCAAUUGCGUUCUAGAUCAAUAUCUGGAUAAAUCUGCCCAACAAAAGAGACUUAAUAUAAAAUCAAAAAUCCAGUGAACUUUUAAAUACAUACCUAAAAAA